CUCACAUUAGCCUUUUCACAGACGCCGCUCUUCAGAGCUAGGGUUUAUUCUCUGUCAUAAAACUCUUUCAAUCCAUGGCUAUAUCUCAGCUCGGAGCCGGUGUUAUUAGAGGACUUCCUCCAAACAUAUCAUUCACGCCUCAGCUCUCAAUCUCUUACUCAUCAGACCUUACUUCCGGGGGUGUUGCUAACACGAGUGCAAGUCGUCCUGGACGCCCUCGUGGAUCCCGGAAUAAACCCAGAGGAGAGGAUUCUGCACCCAUUACGGUUAUUUUGAAGGUGCCACGUGGCGUUGAUCUGAUUGAUUGGGUGGUGAGUUAUGCCAGCUCAAAGAAGGCUCAUCUCACUAUUCUCUGUGGAAGUGGAAAUGUGCUUCGGGCUGAUCUGACUCGCAUGGGGUCUCAGGCUCCUCCGAUAACAUUUACUGAACCACUUAGCCUGAUUACUAUGUCAGGGAUGUUUUUGUUCUCUGGCUCGAAAGACGGUCUCCUUGCCUUGUUUAAUGUCACAUUGGGCAGACUCAGCGGGGACAUCGUUUCGGGUACUGCAGUCAGUAUGAUAACCAUGGAUGAGGUCACGUUGACAGCAACUGUUUUCUACAAUCCAGAAAUGUUGGCUGUUAGGGCUACCGAGGAAAUGGCUAUGGAGUCCAAUUACAAUCUGUUGAGUGGAAGGAACUUGAAAUGGUCUGUGGUCCUGAGUUUCGAACCAGGGACUGAUGUGAUCAAGGCCUUGGUACAAUUUGCGAGGUACUAUUCUCUGAAUUUUUCGGUUCUUUGUUGUAGCGGACUUGUAUCAGAAGUUGACAUUGGUAAUUCGAGGUCCCAUCCCCUGUCUGUAGAUGUUUUGGGAAAUUUUCAGAUAAUUUCGUUUUCAGGGACCUGUAAUGGUCGCGUUGCUAAUUCUCUGGAUGACAUUCAGAAGUCUUUUGUUGUUUCGAUGGUGAGUCAGAAUAAUGUUCUUACAAAUGGAACAGUGGUUAAGAGCAUGAAAGCGGCUAGUUAUGUUACUGUAGUCGCGUUAGCAAAGGAUGCUUAAUUUUAUGUGUUUGAAUUGGAUAGCGUCUGAGGUCCAUUAUCAUUGCUCUGUAUGAAUUAAGUUGAAUUUUUUUGCUUCUGAUAUAUCAUAAUAUUGUAUUGGUUUGAAGUUAUGCGUGCUUGAAAUA